AUGUAUUGCACUUUUUAAGAGAAGGAAGCUCUAGCUGAAAUUUUUACUUAAGUUAAAGAUGUAGAUGAACAAAUAUUUGAUGUCAUAUUAAAAAUAUUUCGCAAGGAAAAAGUUUAAGAUUGCAUAGGAUAUCUUUUAGAUCUUGGGAAUCAAACACAUUUAGAAUAAUAAAUCUUACAAAAAGUAGAGAAUUUAAUGCAAGUUGAAAAUGGAUAACAAUUGUAUGAUGUUAGAAAGAACAUCAAACAAACUACUAAUGUUUUAAAAAAAAUAAAAGAUCAUGGCUUCUAUAAGUUAGACUAUUCAAAUCAAGUAUAUGAAGAUUUUAUGCAAAAUCUGAUUAAAAGUUGCAGGAAUAAAAUAAAGAUCAUCAAAUUUUUGGAAUUUUUAGUUCACCUCACAUCCAUAGAUUAGAAUAUGAUAUAAUGUGGGUCUAAUUCAUUAUAUAUAUUAGUUUUGAUUAAGGUAGACCUUAGAAACAAAAAUUUUUUAAAUAUUAAGAUCUAAAAUACUUCUUUAGUAGGAGCUAAUUUUGCUCGAUGUAAUUUUAGUGGAUCUGAAUUUAAUAAUGUUAACAUUAGUGGAAUGAAUUUGAAUAGAGCAAUAUUAAUGAAUUGUAAAUGGAUAAACUUGAGAAUCCAUGAAUUAAAUAAAUUAAAUGCUCAUAGUGAUUAUGUUUAAUCUGUCUGUUUUUCUCCUGAUGGAAAUACUUUAGUUUCUGGUAGUAAUGAUAAGUCUAUCCGUCUAUGGGAUGUAAAAACAGGAUUAUAAAAAGCCAGAUUGGAUGGUCAUAAUUACACUAUCUUUUCAGUUUGUUUCUCUCCUGAUGGAAAUACAUUAGCUUCUGGUAGUGAUGAUAACUCUAUUGUUCUAUGGGAUGUAAAAACAAGAAAAAAGAUAGUCAAAUUAGAUGGUCAUACCAAUGAUGUUCGUUCAGUCUGCUUCUCUCCUAGUGGAAAUGUUUUAGCUUCUGGUAGUUGGGAUAAUUGUAUCCUUCUAUGGGAUAUCAAAACAGAAUAAUAGAAAGCCUAAUUGGAUGGUCAUGAUAGUGGUGUCAACUCUGUAUGUUUCUCUCCUGAUGGAAAUACAUUAGCUUCUGGUAGUGAUGAUAAGUCUAUCCGUCUAUGGGAUGUAAAAACAGGAUAAUAAAAAGCCAAAUUGGAUGGUCAUAAUUACACUGUCUUUUCAGUUUGUUUCUCUCCUGAUGGAAAUAAAUUAGUCUCAGGUGGUAAUUAUGGGUAUAUAUAUUAAUGGGAUGUAAUAACAGGAUAAUAACAAGCCAAAUUAGAUGGUCAUACUANGCACUUUUUAAGAGAAGGAAGCUCUAGCUGAAAUUUUUACUUAAGUUAAAGAUGUAGAUGAACAAAUAUUUGAUGUCAUAUUAAAAAUAUUUCGCAAGGAAAAAGUUUAAGAUUGCAUAGGAUAUCUUUUAGAUCUUGGGAAUCAAACACAUUUAGAAUAAUAAAUCUUACAAAAAGUAGAGAAUUUAAUGCAAGUUGAAAAUGGAUAACAAUUGUAUGAUGUUAGAAAGAACAUCAAACAAACUACUAAUGUUUUAAAAAAAAUAAAAGAUCAUGGCUUCUAUAAGUUAGACUAUUCAAAUCAAGUAUAUGAAGAUUUUAUGCAAAAUCUGAUUAAAAGUUGCAGGAAUAAAAUAAAGAUCAUCAAAUUUUUGGAAUUUUUAGUUCACCUCACAUCCAUAGAUUAGAAUAUGAUAUAAUGUGGGUCUAAUUCAUUAUAUAUAUUAGUUUUGAUUAAGGUAGACCUUAGAAACAAAAAUUUUUUAAAUAUUAAGAUCUAAAAUACUUCUUUAGUAGGAGCUAAUUUUGCUCGAUGUAAUUUUAGUGGAUCUGAAUUUAAUAAUGUUAACAUUAGUGGAAUGAAUUUGAAUAGAGCAAUAUUAAUGAAUUGUAAAUGGAUAAACUUGAGAAUCCAUGAAUUAAAUAAAUUAAAUGCUCAUAGUGAUUAUGUUUAAUCUGUCUGUUUUUCUCCUGAUGGAAAUACUUUAGUUUCUGGUAGUAAUGAUAAGUCUAUCCGUCUAUGGGAUGUAAAAACAGGAUUAUAAAAAGCCAGAUUGGAUGGUCAUAAUUACACUGUUUCAUCAGUUUGUUUUUUUCCUAAUGGAAAUAUUAGCCUCUAGUAGUGA